AGGCGGUGAACGUUAAAACGAUUAUAGAUUCAAAAUAAGUGUAAGUCACACUACAGCAUAAAUUCUGAAACGUUGGCAAAGAUUUAACGAAACAGGUCGGAUAAUGCUCAAUCAAAGAAAAAUUGCACUCAGCCUAUUCUGUCUAUUCAUCUGUCUCCAUGUUGUUCGUGCAUGGCUGCCACCUGAAAGAUGUCAAAUGGAUGACAAAGCAGCGCAAGUGGACCCAGGUGCUGAUUCAAAGUCAUCCAUUUAUAACGCUCCAGUUGUAGGAAAUAUUACUGAAAUUACUAUGAAACAACAUGAUAAUUUGAAGAAGACAUACAAAGAUUCCAAGUUCUUUGGUGUGCCUAUAAGAGGUUUUUUGGACAGUUGCGACAAAUGCGAUUAUGAAGUGUAUGUGCCUAAUUCGUGCACAUUCCACACCUACAGUCCCAGCCUUUUAUCUAGUGUAUAUUGUCAAGAUGGUGUCGCGUGCACAUUAGCCCAUACCGUGUCAACAGUUGAAUCAUAUACUGCAACCGAAGGUUAUAACUGGGGAGUCAAAGUCUCCACUAAAUUUUCAGUUGGAAAUAUAUUCGAUGUUGGUGGAGAGGCUUCAACGGGCGGCGAAUACUCGUGUGCGUUCACAAAAGGUAAGACCACAACAGACAAUGUGGAAUGUUCAGUUGCUGCUGGUGGAGACAGAACACUUCAACUUUAUCAGGUUCGGUCAGAUAUGGAAUGCCAAUUUAGUACAGUGACAAUGAAAGCAGAACAAAGAAAUGGUACAUUUAUAGGAUGGGGACCGAAGGAUCACUUCACAUCUGAAGAGAGGAUGGAGACGGAAAAAAAUUUUAUACUUAAAGCUCGCAACAACAAGGUUUUGCCUAAUUUAGACAGGAUAUCCGAUGCUUUGUUGGAAAAGAUGCAGAAUGCAUUUCCCGAUUACAAUCCGUACACAGAUAUUAUAGCACUUUGGCAACGCCCGAGUUACCCCAGCGCGAGGUUUUACAAAGUAGGAAGUGUCAGUAAAGGGCCAAAAAAGGUGAUUCCAUUUACAAACGAAGCAGGUAAUUCCGUGUUUCAAUAUGCUUGUAUUUUAACGUAGAUCGAAAAAUGGUAUUGCAAUGAAAUAUUGACAAUUUUUGUAAAAUUUAAUGAAAUAAACUUUUCACUACCGCU